UCAACGUCUCAUUUUCACUCAUGAUCGUGGACCUUGCGCCGAUGACUUGGUCGCUGUCGAGCUCACCAAAAUGCCCCAUUAUUCGACUCAUUCGUGCAUAUCCAUCAGGAUCGCAUGGCCAUGGGUAGUAUCUUUAGCAUCUCAUCAAGUUAUCAUUAGUGGUGGCAUCUUGCUCGGCACAGCAUACGUUGCACUCACCCAAUCCAGGUAACAAUGGCCACUCGAACAAUAUGAAACAAUCGAGGUAAACGUUAGUCUGGCACCUACUCACCUUUCUGCGAAGCUGAUUCAGUCAGUGCCUUCCGGAAGUUAAUGUGGGUCCAUAUUUAUGCUUUCGUGGCGGUGUCCCUGAUAGGCGCCCAGGUCCAGCCAGGUCCCUGGCUCAACAAGUUUGUUCUCCUGAUCUUAUGUAGGCGAUUCCCUCGGUUUCGUUGGAACCUUGUGUGCUCAAAAUCUCGAUGCAUGUUACCUUGCAGUGCGUUUUCUGUCCAUCUAUAUAAGAUCAACUCAAUAGGAUUGUGUUCUGCGUUUGAUCCCACAGUUAUUCAGUUCGGACCCUUGGUCCGCCCUCCGGCGAAUUAUGGCUUUUCGUUAGCUUUCUUGAAACGCUACUAGGCCACCUACUUGUGGGCCCUUGUUGUAAACACCAAACACCCUACUUACAGCGGUGCGGAUGCCGACUAUCCCACUAGCAAUUCAACCCACAAUUAUGCAUUGCAGUGUCGCCAAGGUUUGUGGCCGCACCAACUUCUGCACCCGUCAUCAACCAGAUCAUGAGUCUCGGGUACUAUUUCUGCCGUGUCACUGCGGCGGUACCUCAUGUCUCGUUGAGUGGUCUGUCUCACCGAGGAAAUCUACUUUACCGCUGCAGCUUGGACUAUGUUCUGAAUAUUCAUUAUAGUACAAACUCUGCAAUUGUACUGCCUGUGAAUCCGUGC